AUGUUUUACUUCCACUGCCCCCCGCAGCUCGAGGGUGCCACGCCCUUCGGAGGCCCUUCGACGGCGGACUUCGACGACGGCUUCUUGCGCAGGAAGCAGCGGCGCAACAGGACUACCUUCACCCUCCAGCAGCUGGAGGCGCUGGAGGCCGUCUUCGCCCAGACCCAUUACCCGGACGUCUUCACCCGGGAGGAGCUGGCCAUGAAGAUCAACCUCACCGAAGCCCGCGUGCAGGUCUGGUUCCAGAACCGAAGGGCUAAAUGGAGAAAAACGGAACGAGGGGCUUCAGACCAGGAAGGGCCUAAGGAGACCAUAGCUGAGGUGACGCCCCCUGGAAGGAAUCUGAAUUCUCCCUCCCCAGCGGACCAGGCCAGGAACAAGAAGGAAACUCUGGAGAUUCAACAGAGCCUCGGCAGGGCCGUCGGCCCCUCUGGGCCUUUCUUCCCCUCGUGCCUGCCCGGGACCCUCCUCAACACAGCCACUUACGCCCAGGCCUUAUCCCAUGUUGCGUCCCUCAAAGGUAGCCCCCUGUGCUCCUGCUGUGUUCCGGACCACGUGGGCCUCUCCUUCCUCCCCACGUACAGUUGCCAGAGCAAUCGCACAGCGAGCGUGGCAGCCCUGCGCAUGAAAGCACGGGAGCACUCCGAGGCGGUGUUGCAGUCUGCUAACCUCCUGCCCUCUACCAGUCCCAGCCCCACCUCGGGGGCUAAGCCUGGCUCGGAGAACACCUUGGACAACAAGCCUCCCCUUGCCAUGGACCAGAAUGAAAGUGAGAAGAGUGUUUGA